AUGGAGUUUACUGCUGUUAUAUUUUGUGGUCAUGGUAAUGCACUCACUCCAUUUUCCAAAACUAGGGCAACUGGUAUACCGAAAGCGUUGUUACCAAUUGCAAACAAGCCAAUGAUAACCUAUGUUUUAGACUGGUGUCAAAGUGCAUUUUUCAAUAAGAUAAUCAUAUUAAGUCAAAAAGAAGAGGAAGAAGAACUAGGGAAAUUGAUUGAAAAUUAUAAAUUUCAAAAGAAAAAAGAAUUAGCCAAUACGGAUGAAUCUGAUGUUUAUGAAACCCCAAUCGAAAUUUUUCUGAAUAGUUGUGAAAAUAGUGGAGAGGUAUUUUAUAAACUACUAAAAGAUUCUAAGUUUAAAUCAUCAACUGAUAAUUUCAUAGCAUUACCAUGUGAUUUGAUAACAAAUUUACCUCCACAAGUUAUAAUAGAAAGAUUUAGAAAUAAAAGAGAAGAAGAUCUUGGAAUAAUUGUAUCAUAUAAAAAUCAAUUAGAUAUUGAAGAUAAAAAACUGAAAAUAUUUGGAAAAUCAUAUACGAUAUAUUCAAAUGAAGAAGAUUCAAGCUUUUUGGAUCUUUAUAGUAAAGAGGAAGUAGAUCAAAAUAAAAUUUUACAAAUUAGAAUGCAAAUGUGUCAAAGAUUUCCAAAUUCAACUUUAAGUACAAAGUUGUUGAACAGUGGGAUUUUUUUGGGUUCUAAGAAAAUAUUUGAUAUAAUAGAUGAGGAACAUACUAAAUUUAAUGAAUCAUAUUUUGAGAAACGAAAUUUCCAAAAAUUUAUUCGUGACCUAGCAAGGAGAUCAUGGAAACAUUCUAGUUUAAAAGAAUCAAUUGGGUUCUUGGAAGUACCGUCUCAAGCUACAUUUUUUAGAGUCAAUAAAUUACAAGUAUGGAUAGAAGCAAAUCGAUAUUUCAUGAAACAACAGGCGAUGACCAAAGGUCAAUCACAUCAACAAAAUAAUCAAAAAGAUAAAUCAACAGCACAUGUAGGGAAUGAUUCUACUGUAGGUGAAAAUACAACUCUUGGAGAAAAAACUAAUAUCAAAAGAAGUGUAAUAGGCUCAAAUUGCAAAAUAGGGAAUAAAGUUAAAAUAACAGGAUCUCUCAUAUUAGACAACACUAUAAUUGAAGAUGAUGUUCAACUAGAUAAUUGUAUUAUUGGACAUGACGUGAUAAUUCAUUCAAAAUCAAAACUAAUCAAUUGUAACGUAGAAUCUACUAAUGAGGUACCAUCUGGAACACAAUCAAAAGGUGAUACAUUAUUAUGUUUAAGUUUAGAGAAUCUUGAAGAUGGUGAAAGUGAAGAAGAAUUUGUGUUAAGAGAAGGUCCACUUAGUGAUUCUAGUUCUGAAGAAGAGGACACAGAUGAAAGCGAGGAUGAGAGUGAAUUUGAAGAUGAAUAUACUGGAAAUGACGAUGGUUUAUUUGAUUAUUAA